AUGGAGGAAUCUUUUAACGUUGAAUGUGAUGAAACUUACAGUCCGCCUAGAGCAAUUUUAAGCAGCGUCAAAAUGGAGUUGCUCGAAUUUUCAGCUCUACACAGUGAUGUUGCUGUCAAAGUACCAGUUAUAUCCAAAUUCAAUUCUUCUGGUGGGGAGGAGGGUGCACCUCUGAAUUUGACUGGAACCCCUUUCUUCUAUUCCUCAGAAAAUUAUUUCAUUGCAGUGGGUUGCAAUACUCGUGCAAAGUUUUGGACUGGUCACGGAUCUGAACAUAUGGGCUGCGACUCAAUCUGCUUAGACGGUAGUUUCAAUAUUUCUGAUUGGGCAGAAAACAAUGGCGCCAGUUCUGGUAAUGAAUAUUGUCGGGAUAUAAGCAUUCCUUUCAAACUUCAGGAUUUUAAAUCAAGUUUCGAGCCCAAAGAUGAAAAACAAAGAAUUAAAGGACCUAACCAGGCCUUCUUAGCAGCCUAUGGGUUUGAAGACAACAUAAAGAGUCAGCUAGAAAUGAAGAAUUUGACAAGCAUGCCAGUAUCGCUGAGUUGGAUGCUACCGAAGGGCAGAUUAAAAUAUGACAACGUUACCAUGAAGUGCUAUGUUCAGCCCAUAAAUAGCACGACUUUUACGUCUCACGGUUGUUCUUGCUCAGAGGGCUAUGAGGGCAACCCUUUCCUUGAAUGCAUAGUAAGUGAGUUUAAAACCAUUAGCUAUAGGGCCAAUUUCUUGGCACUAUGGGACGUAAUAGACUUGCAACAAGGAGAGGGUAUUUGA